AUGGCUUCGAUCUCCUCAAAAUUCCCGGCCAAAUCCCUAACCAAGAUCCUAACUUUCAGUCCAAAGAGCGUCAUCUCGCGCACCCUGUCCGCAAUCGCCGCCGCCUCCGAGAUCCGAACCCAGAAGCUGGACCGCAUCGCCGGCGAUCUUCUCGACCUCACGAAGCUUGAGCGCCACGACUACGCUGUCCUCUUCCGCCACAAAAUGGGUCUCAACCGCUACGGCCCGGCCCUCUCCGGACCCAUUUCCUCUGGCCCCGCCGCCGGCGGGUCGGAUUCGAAGCCGGCGGAGAAGACGGCGUUCGACAUCAAGCUGGAGAAGUACGACGCGGCGGCGAAGAUCAAGAUCAUAAAGGAAGUCAGAUCCUUUACCGAUUUGGGUCUGAAAGAGGCGAAAGAAUUGGUGGAGAAAGUGCCUGCGGUUCUGAAGAAAGGGCUUACUAAAGAGGAGGCCACCGCCAUUGUUGAGCAGCUCAAAGAAUUGGGAGCCACCGUGGUAUUGGAAUAA